GCCCCGGUUUCUGUCAUUACCUGGGCUGUUGUAAGUUGUAACUCACUCAAGUCCAUCCAGGUGGCUUCCUAACGUGCCAUUCCUUCCAGUCCACGAGAGCUUGGGUCUCAGAGCCUCUAGGUGUGGCAAGCGUGCGGCGAGCAAGUAUGGCAGCUGGCUGAGGUUGGAGAGACCAUGGCAGGGCAGGCGACUCCGAUGGGGAAGACUUUUUCUUCUUCGCCAUUCAAUAAUACGGUCAUGUUUUCCGUGUGAUAUAUAUACAUGUAUUUAGUUCCAAUGGAUACUGCGACCCAGCCUAACCAGUCUUCUCAAACUAUGGUAGGAUUAGGAUCUAGAAACAUAAAAUGUGGAAUGCCUAGUGAUGAUCAGAGUUUUCUCUUGUACUUCAUUAUGGCUACCUACUUUGGUCCUGAUAUUGAAGGGCAGAGCCCCAGAAAAUCUGUGCUGCAAAGAAUAGCCGAGGGACUUCCCCCAUACACAUAUGAUGAACUAACCGGUUCUUUCAUGAAAAGAGUGAAAUUGGAGCGUGUUUACUACUACGUACUUAGGAAGGCUAACAAAUCACUUAUUGUUACAUUGCCCUUCCUGCGCCGAUUCUUUGAAGGCAAUAUAUCCGACCAAGGGCAAGAUGGUGCUUUGAAUUACCCUGAGUUCCUUGAUUUGUUUCCACUUGAGUUGCAUCCUCAAUGUCGCUUCAAAAGUCGAAACAAAAUCAUCGAGAACAUUGUAUUUAUUAACAACCCAGAAAUCUUCCAAAUUAAUCCAGAGGAAAUUGAAAGGUUCAAGAGGCUAAGUAGACUAGAGGACUUAUAUGUGGACAUAGAUGCUGCAGGAUUGCAUGCCACCCUUGGUGAUAAUGUUCCAUACAACAUGUCAGUGGGGAAGUCAGAGCCUAAUGGAAACAUGCCUGCCAUCCCAUCUUGUAGUAGUUCUCAAAAAGAAAGAAGCAGUGAUGAGUUUUCUGAGUUUCAGGAUCCUAUGCAACAUGUCCAUGUUGUGGCACCUAUAAGUAGUGUGCCGUAUAGUGGAACAAAUUUGAUGUACAGCUACAUGGCUCCAUUGCAACCUGAACAUGAUACUGACGCUGAUAAAAUUGGUCCGGCUAUGUUAUUCCUUCCUUCUCACCCAACUCAAAAGGAGUGGUCAGAUAUUGUUGCUGCUACCAAGAAUGGAUUCGCAUUGACUGGAAGUGCAGUUACGGGGCAGGUAGGUCCAAUCAUAGGACUUAUGGACAUUGGAGAGUGUGAAGACUCAUACCUAUUUCGUGUGUCUCUCCCUGGGGUGAAGAGGGAAGAAAGGGAAUUCAGCUGUGAGGUUGACUCUGAUGGUAAAGUGUUGAUACGCGGAGUAACGACAACAGGGGAGAAGACUGUGGCCAGAUACAAUCAGGUGUUUGAAAUGCAAACUCACAACCUUUGUCCACCGGGCCAUUUCUCCAUUGCUUUUCGGCUACCUGGCCCUGUUGAUCCUCAUCAGUUUUCGGGUAACUUUGGCACUGAUGGUAUUCUUGAAGGAAUUGUUAUGAAAGGGAAAUAAAUGUACAUGAUCAAAUGGAUGUGGUUUCGAGUGACAAAAUUCCUGUGUAGUGUCUGUAUUUUGUGUGUAUUGUUUUGAUCAAUCCGACUAUGAAACAUCUUCUCCAUUUUGGCUGGUAACCUUUGACCACCACAUCUUUGCAUGUCUGAUCAAUAGUUAUUCCUUGUUGAGGCACUACAAUAGGAGAGAUUUUAUCCUUUGGCAUUUGAUUUUAAGUUGAAAUUUGCCAAUGCAUAGAAGAGAAAGCUUGAUAGAGUGACAGACAAAGUCCUGAGUUCAUCUAUUAUCAUCAAAUUUCGUCUCCGUUUCUUCAAAA